CCCCCUCCGACCUCGCUGAUAAAUCACUAUAAAAUCUAUCGUUGUAAAAAACUGGUUUGAAGAAUCAACCUCGAGAAUAUACUGCGAAUCGUAUCAGUCAAAUAUCAAAAUGUCGGACCUCACUACAGUUUACUCAAAGGACGCUGCUUUCCCAGCAGGACCUUACUCCCAAGCCAUCAAGACUUCAUCUACUAUUUACUGCUCUGGACAAAUCCCAUGCACACCCGAAGGCGAAAUUCUCACCCUCGAGACCUCCAGCAUCUCUGCCAUGACCGAGCUCUGCAUCAACAACUUGUCUGCUGUUCUUAAGGAAGCUGGAAGCAGUAUUGAGAAAGUUGUUAAGGUCAAUGUCUUCUUGACUACCAUGGACAACUUUGCGGAAAUGAACGGAGCCUAUGAGAAGCUUUUCAAGCAUAAGCCUGCAAGAAGUUGUGUUGCCGUAUACCAAUUGCCCAAGGGUGUUCCGGUCGAGAUUGAAUGUAUAGCUUUGGCUUAAAGCUAUAUGUGACAAGAAGAGAGAAAUACCUAGGAAGGUCCUAAAAAUGACGAUGCCAAUAAAUCUCUUCUGUGAUCUCACGUUGAAAUCAUGAAUCAUGAUAUAACAAAUUAGCU